CCUCCAUCGUUCCCUCAUUACCUCAGAACAAAGCCACCCAAGCACAUACCUCCGCUCACAAGCAUUCAGUCUCUCUCUGUCGAGUUCUCCUUUGAUUCUUACUGCUCUUACCUCUCUCAUCGAUCAUGGCUCCUGAGCUUGUUCAGGCUGCAUUGAAACCUGCCGGAUUCGCCAAACCAGCGAGUUUGCCCAGGCGAGCUUAUGUCACUUUCUUGGCUGGCAAUGGAGAUUAUAUAAAAGGUGUGGUCGGGUUAGCCAAAGGUUUGCGGAAGGUGAAAACGGCUUACCCAUUAGUGGUGGCCAUUUUACCAGACGUUCCAGAGGAGCACAGGCGGAUUCUUGAAUCACAGGGCUGCAUAGUACGAGAGAUCGAACCCGUUUACCCUCCAGAGAAUCAGACCCAGUUCGCUAUGGCAUAUUACGUCAUCAAUUACUCCAAGCUUCGUAUAUGGGAGUUUGUUGAGUACAGCAAGAUGAUAUACUUGGACGGAGACAUACAGGUAUAUGACAACAUAGAUCAUCUGUUUGAUUUGCCCGAUGGAUAUUUCUACGCCGUAAUGGACUGCUUCUGCGAGAAAACUUGGAGCCACACUCCACAGUACAAGAUCGGUUACUGCCAGCAGUGCCCUGACAGAGUCAAGUGGCCUGCUGAAUUGGGCCAGCCCCCAGCUCUGUAUUUCAAUGCUGGCAUGUUUGUGUUUGAGCCCAGUAUCUCUACAUACCAUGAUCUUUUGAGGACGCUCAAGGUCACGACUCCUACCUCUUUUGCAGAGCAGGACUUCUUGAAUAUGUAUUUUAAGGAUAUCUACAAGCCACUGCCUCUGGUUUACAAUCUUGUUCUGGCAAUGUUGUGGCGUCAUCCGGAGAAUGUGGAGCUUGACAAGGUCAAAGUCGUUCACUACUGUGCAGCGGGCUCUAAGCCAUGGAGAUACACUGGCAAAGAGGAGAACAUGCAGAGAGAAGACAUAAAGAUGCUGGUGAAGAAAUGGUGGGACAUUUAUAAUGAUGAAUCACUCGACUAUAAGAAGGUUCCAGCUGCGGAUGGUGAUGCUGAGCCAGUGAACUUGCAGCCAUUCAUUGCAGCUCUUUCGGAAGCUGGUGCUGUUCAAUACGUGACGGCCCCAUCAGCUGCUUAAAGUUAUAUAGAUUGCCGUAGAAGAAGGAAAAAAAAAAAAAAAAAAGCAAAGCCACUAAUUGUAGACGUAGAAAUGAGGAUCACAAAAAAAUUUUAAAAAAAGGGAAAAAAGGGGGGAAGAAAAUGGUGGAUUCCUUUUUAAAGGUGUUAGUGAAUCUGAAUCAGGUCUGUUGUCCUCGCGUCCUAGCAAGGAAAAACAGAGCAAGUCACGGGCGGAUCCCAUAUAUACACAUAUGUAUUUAUUUUUUUUUUUUUUUUAGGUUUUCGUAUUAGAAAUGCUGAUUAUCUGAUUGUAAUGGCUUGAACUAUUGGUGAAAUAUCGAAUAUAUAUAGUUCAUAGUUGUGUGUUA